AUGUCCUUCAUCAACGAGGCCUUCAUUGCCAACUUGGCUCGUGCUGUCCAUCCACAGUCACCCAGUCCAUUCUCCUUUGAUGCCGGCAAUGGCCUGGUUUUUGACCCGUUCCAAGUUGCCCAAAGAAAAGCCUCUGUCAACACCACGCCUCCCCUGAAAGCCUCUCCUCGGAGCACCUCUUCCUACCAGACAUCAACCCUUCACACCUCUCCAUAUGGAACAUCUGCUUGUCCCACACCGUCGACUGGUACAGCUUCUGUUGCCACAUCUCCUUAUACAUCACCUUUCCAGGGAACAUCUCCCCACCUCACCCCCCCUUACAGCAACACUCACCUAACCCAGACAAAGGGCCAGAUGAAGCAGAGUGGUGCGGGCGGAUUCCUCAACGGUAAAAGCCAUGGCUUCAACUUUCAUUUGGGUAAUUUACCCUCGUAUCCCGACCAGAGCAUGAGCCGCCAUCCUGGUUCAGGCCAUGAGAAUCCCGGCUGUACUCCUGGUAACGCCAAGAAUCUAGAUGGCCUUGGAGUCCAUGAUGACCAUAGAAAUAACAGAGAAUUGCGCCGUCUUGCAGAAUUUCAGAACUGGGUUUUGGGUCUGGACAUUUCCACAAUGCUACGCACCGCGGAACAGGCAGGGUUUCCACUUGACCUAGGCUUCAAGUCAAACUCGAGCAAUCAUGGCCGGAUGAAGAGCACUGAAGGCCAAGGCAUGAGCACCACCGCCUUGACCAGCACUCCUCGUGGGCAUUCUGCUGAGAACAAUACAGCCACCCUUCACAACUUCUUCGCCAAAAGUCUCCCUUUUCGUCCCGCCAUUGCCUCCAAGAGGAAAUGCGACGACAGAAGCGCCGACAAAGAUGCCAUCUGGAAAACAAGAUCGGACGCGAUUGCCGUGCCCUCAUUAAGUGGCGCCACGCCUGUGGCCUUCACACCUGUACGAGCUGUUGGAAUUCUGCCGUCUUCAUCAAGCAGACUCUUUGCAGGCAGUGCCAAGACCAGGACGAGGAUGGAAAGAGGAGGCGUGCUGCUGCCGCUGCUGGUGGGCAGGCACGUCGGUUUACUUGCUCACUAA